UCUUCUACUUCACGCGGUGUUAAGGUCACCGUCACUCGGUAGCUAACCAGUCGAAGGAAGCGGAGGAGACCCAGCUAAGGAAGGAGCAGAACCGGCAAAAUACAAGAAACAUGUCUCUCUCUACCAAACUCACCCUGGAUAAGGUGGACGUCAAGGGGAAGCGUGUCAUUAUGAGGGUCGACUUCAAUGUUCCCAUGAAGGACAAGAAGAUCACAAACAACCAGAGAAUCAAGGCAGCCGUUCCCACCAUCCAACACUGCCUGGACAAUGGUGCCAAAUCUGUGGUUCUGAUGAGCCAUCUGGGCCGCCCCGACGGGAACGCUAUGCCGGAGAAAUAUUCCCUGGAGCCUGUCGGUGCCGAGCUCAAAACCCUGCUGGGGAGGGAUGUCACCUUCCUGAAGGACUGUGUGGGAGCUGAGGUGGAGGCGGCCUGCGCUGACCCUGCCACCGGCUCCGUCAUCCUGCUGGAGAACCUCCGCUUCCACGUGGCCGAGGAGGGGAAGGGCAAGGACGCCGCCGGAAACAAGACGAAGGCCUCUCAGGCAGACAUCGACUCCUUCAGGGCGUCUCUGUCCAAACUGGGAGACGUUUACGUGAACGACGCCUUCGGGACAGCUCACAGAGGCCACAGCUCCAUGGUGGGAGUGAACCUUCCUCAGAAGGCGGCCGGCUUCCUGAUGAAGAAGGAGCUGGACUACUUUGCCAUGGCUCUGGAGAAACCUCAGAGGCCCUUCCUGGCCAUCCUCGGAGGAGCGAAGGUGAAAGAUAAGAUCCAGUUGAUCAACAACAUGUUGGAUAAAGUCGACGAGAUGAUCAUCGGAGGAGGCAUGGCCUUCACCUUCCUCAAAGUGCUCAACAACAUGGAGAUCGGCACCUCCUUGUUCGAUGAGGAGGGGGCUGGCAUCGUUAAGGACCUGAUGGCCAAAGCAGAGAAGAACGGAGUGAAGAUCACUCUGCCCGUCGACUUCAUCACCGCAGAAAAGUUUGACGAGAAAGCAGCAACCGGCUCCGCCACCGUCGCUGCUGGCAUCCCCGCCGGCUGGAUGGGUCUGGACUGUGGACCGGAGAGCAUUAAGACCAACUCUGAGGUGGUGGGCCGGGCAAAGCAGAUCGUGUGGAACGGCCCCGUCGGCGUGUUCGAGUUUGACAACUUCGCCAAGGGCACCAAGAGCAUGAUGGACAAAGUGGUGGAGGUCACCAAGUCCGGCUGCGUCACAAUCAUCGGGGGGGGUGACACCGCCACCUGCUGCGCCAAGUGGAACACAGAGGACAAAGUCAGCCACGUGAGCACCGGGGGCGGAGCCAGCCUGGAGCUGCUGGAGGGGAAAGUCCUGCCCGGCGUGGACGCACUGAGCAGCGCCUAAACUUCCCAUCAGCCUGUUGGUGUGUGCGUGAAUGUGUGUGGAAGUGCUUGUGAGAGGUGUGUGUGUGUGUGUAUCUACUCCUGAAAUUCCCUCAAAACAAACGCCGCUUCACCAGCUAUUAAAUCUUCUAUUCCAUCUUUUUUUUAAAGAAAAAGCAGAGAUUUAUUCUGCCUUACUUCACCUCACUGAGGAAACGAUAGAUCUUGGCUUGUUGAAGUGGAACUAGUUUAUUUUCUCAGAUAAUCAUGUCCUGCUGAAUUUAACGGUUGUUGCUGUCGCCUGAAUCUGUUCAAUCUGGGCGUUAACCCCCAAAAUACUUAAGCAUUGCUCCUGUGUGAAUGCUGCGUCACUUUUGCAUAGCCAACCAUGGAAAACGUCACUUUACCACCCUGUGUGUGUGUAUACAUAAAGUAUAUAUAAGAAUUAUGUGAUGUGUAUGUAGACGUUGUGUCUUUAAAUCUGGUCGUUGGUUUCUGAGUGACUUCAUCUGAUCUGCUCAGAUUAAUAAAACAGUGUGAAAACGUU